CCCACUUGAAAAUUGUCCUCCUCCACAUACGAGAAUGAAAAUGAUUCCAAAUAUAACCUCCGAAUUUAUCCAAUCCUUUGCUCCAAGGCCAACUGUGGCCAGGAGAAAAGAGGCGCUUGAAUUGAGAAAGACAAUGAAACCCUUGUUGGAAAAGAGAAGGCGCGCUCGUAUCAAUGACAGCAUCAACCAUCUGAAGACUCUGAUCCUUCCACUCACAGGAAAAUAUAAUUCUCGGUACUCGAAGCUUGAGAAAGCUGACAUCCUUGAGAUGACCGUAAGAUUCCUCAGUGACAUUCCCGCUGCUCAGAAAAAAAGUACAUCAGACAGCUACAAAGAAGGGUACAAAGCCUGCCUGCAGCGCGUCACCGCUCUGAUCCCCAAAACGAACCUGGACAAAGACUCGUGCCAGCGGUUGAAUGACUUCAUCCAGCAGUCCAUGUCUGCGUCCGUCGACCCAGCUUGUCAGAACUGUUGCGCCCAGAGCUCCAGGGCUUUCCCCCAGAUUCAGCAGAGACUCCUGAGCCUCAAAGCCAACGUUGGCUCCAGAAUCGAGAACCACUCGAACUCGCUUCCCAACCGGCCCCAGCCAGUACCACAAACUGUCAAUGCUAACAUGUGGAGACCCUGGUAG